AGACACAUAAUCAAAUCAAAGUUUCUAUCCAUUCAGACAGAGUAAAAAAAAAAAAAAAAAAGUAAAUCCCAGAACCUAAACCCACUCAACCCACCCAAUCAGAUCAGAGAGUUUUUGAGUUUAUGAGGUUUGCAAUUUUUAUUAUUUCGUUUUUGUAUGUGGUAUGUCUAUGCCUUUCUUUCUUUCAGUCCCAGUUCCCAAAGAUUAGGUCUAAUUCCCAGCCUCUUGUUACAACAGCGCUGCUACGCUUGAUCAGGUGGGCGGGCCUUGAGAGCAGCCGGCCCCCGCCUUCCCCUGCUCCUCCACUGAGAGAAAGAGCGAAAGAAGAGGAGGGAGGGGUGGGGAGGAGUGAGAAAGAGAGAGAGGCAGACUGACUCUGUGAGCCGGAAAAUGGAAUAGCAGUGUGUGUGAGAGAGAGAGAGAGAGAGAGAGAGAAAGAAAGAGAGAGAGAGCAUGAGUACUCUGAGUUUAUGAGAGCGCCUGCACACGCAUCAUCAGAACAGAGUCACUUCAGUUACGGUAGGACAACACAGCAGAUUGCUAUCACAGCACACUGAGAGGAGGACACUAGAAGAAAGAGAUUGACAGAGAGCCUCUCUUUAUUAAGAGGGCACAUCGGGGGACUGACAAUAGCAGCCAACCAGAAGAGUCGUAGGUCAGUGUGUGCGUGAACUUUCUCAGCCUCGCUUCUUCUCCUUGGUGCCCAAGAGGUCAUCACCCCUGCAAAGUGCCGAGAUGAUCCCAGAGGUCUUUCUGAUCUUGUGGCUGACAGGUCACGGAGUGAAUGCCAUGUUCGCGCAGCAGCCUCAAGACUUGGUAGUUGUGGCUGGUCAGCCUGUCACACUUCCCUGCUCCAUCCCUGGUUACCACGGUGUUGUGCUGUGGAUAAAAGAUGGCCUCGCUUUGGGCGUUGGAAGAGAACUUAUAGGUUACCCUCGCUAUGCUGUGGUCGGGGAUCACGGAUCUGGCGAGCACCACCUUCGCAUCCAGAGGGUAGAGCUGAUGGACGAUGCCGUGUUCGAGUGCCAGGCCAUCCAGGCCGCCAUGAGGUCUCGUCCUGCUCGACUUACUGUGCUAGUUCCACCUGAUGACCCUGUUAUCAUCGGAGGGCCUGUGGUGAGCCUGAGAGCGGGCGACCCUCUCAAUCUGACGUGUCACGCAGACAAUGCCAAACCCGGCGCCUCAAUCAUCUGGAUCCGAAAUGGAGAGGUGCUGAAUGGAGCCACGUACUCAAAGACUCUUCUUCGAGAUGGGCGAAGGGAGAGCACUGUAAGCACCCUCUACAUUUCAGCCUCCAACAUUGAAACUGGGCAGAAUAUCAUCUGUCGGGCAUCCAACAAGGCUGUGCCCAAUGGGAAAGAGACCAGUGUCACUAUUGACAUUCAACACUUGCCGUUGGUGAAUCUCUCGGUGGAGCCUCAGCCAGUCCUGGAGGGAAACCUGGUGAAGUUUCAUUGCUCAGCCAAAGCUAAUCCACCAGUCACCCAAUACAAGUGGGCGAAAGGAGGAAGUGUGAUAAAGGAAGUGUCUGGAGACACUUAUGAGGUCAUAGUGGAUCACUCGUUCUUCACAGAGCCAGUUUCCUGUGAGGUCACCAACCCGCUUGGGAGCACCAACAUCAGUCGGAACGUGGACGUCUACUUUGGACCUCGGAUGGCUGCAGAGCCCCAGUCUUUACAAGUUGACCUAGGAUCCGAUGCUGUGUUUAACUGCGCCUGGACCGGAAACCCCUCUUUAACUAUUGUAUGGAUGAAAAGGGGCUCUGGGGUGGUGCUAAGCAAUGAAAACAUCUUGACUCUGAAAUCUGUCAGGCAAGAGGAUGCUGGGAAGUAUGUGUGCCGUGCGGUGGUGCCUCGUGUUGGAGCGGCCGAGAAGGAAGUCUCUCUCACCGUAAAUGGACCUCCAACCAUCUCCAGCACACAGACCCAUCAGGCUCCACAUGGGGAGAAGGGACAGAUCAAAUGUUUCAUCCGCAGCACACCACCCCCAGACCGCAUUGCCUGGUCCUGGAAGGAGACCGUCCUGGAGUCGGGGACAUCAGGUCGCUAUACGGUGGAGACAGUAAGCACAGAGGACGGAGUGCUGUCCACCCUCACCAUGAGUAACAUCGUACCCGCCGACUUCCAGACCAUCUACAAUUGCACCGCCUGGAACAGCUUUGGCUCCGAUACAGAGAUCAUUCGCCUCAAGGAACAAGGUGGGAGCCAAGAAUCCCUCCCUGUUGCCGUGAUCAUCGGCGUGGCAGUUGGCGCUUUCGUUGCUUUCAUCGUCCUCAUGGGAACCAUCGGCGCGUUCUGCUGUACGCGCUCUCAGAGAAAGAAAACAGCUCAUCCAUGUACAGAAGACGCUCACCUGGUUAUGCCUACACUGCCCACCUCCAUCUGUGCUCAGCAGAGAGAACUUGCAACCAAAAUUAAGACAGAAAACCUCAAAGGCGUGGUAUCAGCCAAGAACGACAUUCGAGUGGAAAUCGUACACAAAGAUCACAACGCAGCCCGAGAAAACGAGGAUCACUCCGGCAUGAAACAGCUCAUGAUCGAACGGGGAGAGUUUCAGCAGGAGUCCGUUCUGAAGCAACUUGAGGUACUUCAGGAAGAGGAGAAAGAGUAUCAGCACAUCAAGGACCCCACUAAUGGAUACUACAGCGUGAACACCUUUAAGGAGCAUCAUGGCACCCCAACCACGCUGGCCGGAAACCAGACCACAGAGCUUCGCAGAGACCCUGCUACAGCCACCACCGGCAAGCAGCGGGUUCCCACUGGAAUGUCUUUCACCAACAUCUACUCUACCUUGGGUGCCGGACCUAACCGCCUGUACGACUACAGCCAGCGGUUCGUGCUGGGCAUGGGCAGCAGUUCCAUCGAGCUUUGCGAGCGAGAAUUCCAGCGAGGAUCGUUGAGCGAUUCCAGCUCUUUCCUGGACACACAGUGCGACAGCAGCGUCAGCAGUUACAGCAAGCAGGAUGGCUACGUGCAGUUCGACAAGGACAGCAAGGCCUCGGCCUCCUCCUCGUCCCAUUACUCUCAGUCAUCUUCCCAGAACUCAGACCUCACGCGGCCACUGCAGAAACGCAUGCAGACCCACGUCUGACUGCAGGAGAUGGACAGAAGACAGAGGAAUCCAGCGCUGGGAUUGGCCAAUGGGGAUUGAAUCCCCCCCCCCCCAGAUGAGAAUAAGGAACCAGUUCAAGCACAUCUAGCACGCCAGUUUCAUUUUAUCCUCCACUUCUUUUACUUUGAAUGUUUCUUUGAUAUAUGUGGAUUUCCUCAUUUGUCCAGAUCUUAUUCACAGCUCUAAAAAGCCUUACUGGUUUCAGAACCUUGUCUUGGCCCUUCCGAAUGCCCUCAAAUGUCUGGGCCAAAAACCUCCUCUAAACAAAAGUGUGCCACAGUGACGUUACUUGCCAACGUAGAAAGACAUAAAAACCCUGAACAGAACUAGUGCCCUUGCUGUAGUUACUUGGAAACAGCUCGGAAUGACCUCUUCGAAGAAAGCAUAGCAACGUUGCUCAAAUGAGCUCUUUGAAGACAGUUGAUGAAGGCUACACUUCAUACCUCUGUAGUCCAUUCACUACUCUGCACCACUAGAGAACAAUGCUCUGUUGCUCCUGUACAUUAAAGCACAACUGUCAAAGUUGUAUGUAAGACUUCUCAAUGCCUCUACCACAGCUAGCUAAACAAAUGAUUGAUUAUAUGGACAAAAAAUGUGCAAACUGAAUUAACAACUAAUGUCUGUCAGAAUCUUUGGAUUCUGGCCCUUCUGACAAAGGUUUGUCUGACAUACAAAUGUGAGAUGUGGCUCUGAGCUGUCGGUUUACCAUGCGGAGAUAAGAUAUAUUUGUGUACUUUGUUGUUCUUUCUUUCUGAAAAUUCUUUAUUUUCAGUGUUUUAACAACAUGGUUUUAAAAAAUUAAUUGGACUCGCACUGGGAACUAGGAGGAUGAUGUAAUCUCGUCUGCUUGCUUUGAGUAAGACUAUUUAAGGUGUGUCGACAUUUGUGGUUAUAAGAAGAGGGUUUUUCACUUUUUUUAAAUAUUCUUAUUUCCAAAAAGGGUUGAUUUGGGUUUGUGUGAAUAAUGCACCGAUGGUGGGAACAAUGAUGUUUGGAUUUUAAAAAGACACUCGUCCUGUUGUGUGAAGUCGAAUUAUGACGCUUAAAAUCUUCCUUUCGAUUCAUAAAAAAUCACCUGAGCUUGUUACACAUGUGCUAGAUAUCUUUGCAAACUGCUUGUUUCUUGCGGAACAUAAAUUUAGUUUACAUUGAAAACACAGUAAAGAGAGAUCUGAUUAGUUCACUUUUUGCUCCGGAUUGAACCUGUCUACUGUUCAUGUGGCUGCCAUUGGACUGUACUGCAUUGAGUACUCUCACUGUUAUAAGUGAGCAAUUUGUGUACGUUUUUUGAAUGGAGUGUGGGCAUUCAUACUUAAUGUAAAUAUAUGUUGUUUUAUUUUUCUUUCAUCCAAUGUUUUAGUCUACAGAACUGAAAUUGCAACUUACGGCACUACUGAUAACUCAAGCACUUCUAUACUCGACACUUGUAAAGUAGAACCACUCUUCGACCCGAAUCAGCGUACUGAAAUCAAGCUAACAGCAAGAUACGUAUGACGUGCAGAAAGACAAACUACCCAAAAGCCAAUGCCGUCGUAUAUGAAAAGCUAGAAACUAGAGACAUAGGCCAAUUAUAGUGACAAAAUCCUUGGCAAGAGUAGCUCCAGACAGACAUAUUUCCAGCUGUUCUGAAAGUAUAACUCUUCCAGGGCUCUUCGCAAGAGACUUUAGCUUAAGCCACAGUUCCAAUGAUGCUGACCCACUUGCUUUGCCAAAAGAAAUGGGUGCAUUUGAUUGAUUAGAUCAUCUGCUCUAUUUCCCAAUUCAUUCUGCGCUUUGGUUAUUGCUAUCCUGGGGAGAAAUAUUCAGACUGCCAAAAAAAGUCAAAAUUAUGGCAGCAUGUUUCUAGUGCUAGACUAGAGUACAGCCAUUAUCUAUGUGGUGUUACAUUAAGUGGCAUAAUUGUAUGAAAUUGCCACUGACCUCCUAUAACAAGGUUCAGGCUCAUCCCAGUAUGAAUACCAACUGUGCUUACAUCCGGUGAUACCGACACCUUUUUCACUGCCAAAGUUUUCCCGGGUUAUAUGCCGCUCUGAAUCAUUUAGUUGACUAACCCCUCCAGUCCUGCCCUGUGACUGCGCAAACAGAUUGGGCGUGAAAGCUAUCAGUGUGUUUUACUUAUCGAAGCUUCCAACACUUCACUCCUCUUUUAUCUCCUCUUCAAGUUAUCUCCCAUUCCUCCUCGCUCAUAAAGAUAAAUAUGACCAGAGGCGAUCCCUCAUAUAAACAAGGAGGAGGAACUGUGGCGUCUCGCACUUGAACUGCAAAGAUCUUGGUUUUGGCCCAGAGGAAGAGUUGUGAUUUGUACCGACCUGACAAUCCCUCCCUUCAACCCGAAUACAAGAAACACUGCAAGGCGUGACGCCGCGGAGUCAGUCGGCACUGUAAGCACUUUACGUAUGAUUAUAUUUGUGGCAUUUCAAUGGGUUUCAUACAUGAGUGCUGUUGGAUGAGUCUAAUUUUACAAAUGGAUUGGUGCCCAUUGUGGGGCUUAAACACGAAAAGGCCUGUUUCAGUGCUGAUAAUGCAGCUCAGUCCUCACUAUACUGUAUAUAAAUCCCUCAUGCUCUCUGUGUGUAAAUUUGCAGUUAUUUUGCUUUGUUCUUUAGUCAAUUUGAUUCAUAAAGUGCAGAAAGCAAAUCACACCAUUGAUAUUGUACAAACGAUCACUUUUUAUUUAUUAUUUUUCCUCUCUCUCAGCAAAGCCAAUGCUAUAGCCAUAGGCAGAGAAGUGUUUCAAAUUAAAUGUCCAUAUGUUACUUACCUUGGUCUGUCUUUCUGUAUUGAUAACCGUUUCCUGCAAGGUGAAAUGAAAAUAUACAGACCUAUAGAAAUCUUCCAACACACAACAGUCCAGCUCGCAGCGUGCACUGAAUUUAGAUCCAGGGUUUCUACACCUUUUGACCAUUUUGUGAUUACUGGAGAAAUCAUUUUAUUGAGAUUGACCAGAAAUGGCUGUUUGCGAGGGAGAUGAAAUACCUUAAAGCUGAGCAUAACAAGAAAUAGGCUCAAUACUGAAGAUAUUUGUGGGUGCACUGUAAAUAUGGAAAAUGCCAAAACAUAAUUCUCAAUUCAUAGUAUUAUCAGUUUUAAAUGCAGGAGCCGAAGUAUGAAUUUCUCCAAUGCUUUAUCCUGUACUGCAGUUUAAUAAGCAGAGACAACUCUAAGUAAGCCAUUUGUAAACAGUGUAAAAAAAAAAAAAAAAAACAUUUCUCUUUUUGUUUGAGAAUCCUGGCCAGCCACACAUAGCAACAGUGGCUCAAACAAUGGCAUUAGUUUGCAUAAUAAUAGAGGACGGCGAAAGAAGAAAACCUGUUUGAAAAGAGUCAUCAUUUUUGCAAUUCUGAUGCUGGUUGCACGGAAAUUACACACUUCAGCUUUAAAUUGCAUUUAAUGUUAAUCAUUUUAAAUGAAUUAUUGCUGGAAAAUGAUGAAAAAUAUUUACCCAUUACUCCUGACAUAAUUCGAAUCAAGGGCAGCUACUGUACCAUUCCCUCUGCCGCUGCAUUAACUUCUACUUUACAAUGCUAAUACAGCCAUAUGGAUAUUUUUUUAUUUGACAUGAACAUAUGCGAUAAACUAUACCAUAUGGACUUGUCGAUACAGUCUUAAAAAAUGGAAAAAGGCUGAAAAAUCCCCAAAAACAGUUCACCAUUCAUGUACAGAAGCCGCUAUGUGCUAGAAUGAACAUGGCGUCUGUAAGCAAAUAUUGGAUUAGGGCUGUUGUUCUGUUUGAGUAGCUCUCCGUACUCUUUUGUAGCCUGUGUACUUUUCUUAUCGCCCGGCCCUGGUGAGUUUCAAUCCUUUCUCCCACUGGACCGCAAGUCUUGCCCGCUUCAGGCACCGGAUGGUCAUGCACUUACAACCAAACCAAACAGAUGAACAAAUACCACUCUGGAUGAUAGGACAGGGUCACUGCCAGCCGCAGACAGCAGACCACAUUUAUGGCUUUUACAUUUCUCCCCUGACAUUUCAGCACAGCCAGGCGGGCUACUGGCUGAUGAAAUGUUAUGAAUUCCCCUCUCUCGGCGAUGCUGUUUUAUAUAGGCCUCUCCAUUAUGAUGAUCCCUGAGCAAGUUUUGUUUGAGGAUGGUUACAUUCGAGGCUGCAUAGGCAUAUUAUUGUACAUCAUUUCUGUAUGCAUUGCAUUGGUGAUUUGUGCUCUGUAAAACGUUCAGAACAUAAGAGAUUGGAAUAUAUCAUUAUGUACAAUGAUGGGCAGCUCUUUCUGAAUGGUUUGUGUCAAUUGUGUCUUUUCUAACUGUCCCGAACACUUUCUUCAACAGAUUUUUAUUUAUAAUUUGUUUCCACAAGACAAUAUCUUGUUAGUUUUCAAGUGACAUGCUACUGCCGUAACAAAAAUGGUGUGUGCACAGAGGUCGUGAAAAUCAAUCCAGCAGUUCUGAAGUUAUUAUACUGUAAUGUACUGGGGUUAUGGAAGAAGGUUAACCACUAUUUUCUUGCAGUGACUCUCUCUAUCAGUAAAAGCAUUAAAAAGAUGUACUUUACCUGUAAUGGUCCGUGAUCUUAUGAUGCUUUGGCUCUGUAUAUUUCUGAAAGAAAAUUGAAAAUCAUUGCAAAAAGAGUUUUGCUUGAUGUCUUUAUUUAAACCAAUGUGUUUGUGUGUGCGUGUGCAUGUGAGGCUAUCAAAAUACCUCAUAACGUCUAUAUAAAUGAAAAAGCAAAUCUAUAUUUAACAAGUAAAACUUUCCAUGCCAUUUUAGUUUCUAAGUGCAUUUCAUUGC